UCGAUCCGUCAUUGGCCUGAAGCAUCGCGGAGGCGCCCAUCGCUUCCCCGGUCAGAUGGUGAAAAAGAGAGAGGGAGAGAGGAUGUGUUGAACCUUCGUAUUGUAACCCGCAGUAUUCAGUGGUGUGCAGAGGUGGACGAACAUGAGAUUGCGGCGGUUCGAGGGCUGAUUAGAACGGUCCUUGCCAGGGCUUGAGCUUGUAGUAAUCGCACCACCGGAUAUAUUGGGUGUUCUCUGACAGUGCCACGUACAAUUGGCCCAUAAACCAGGGUCAGAAGUUCUUUACCUGCUGGUCGUCCCAGGGAAUAGCACUGGGAGAGAAGCUGAGAUGAGUAAACGAAUGAUGACGACAUGUGCCAACGUCUCUGUGCAAGCCCACCAUGUAUCGCGAGCCAAACGAGGACAAACUUUGGGGAAAUUACGAGGCUUCCGGGGAUGCACCGUCUGGCUCACUGGGCUCUCCGGUGCUGGCAAGACCUCGAUAGCAUUUCAGGUGGAGGCGAUCCUAGUAGAGCGCGGGAUAGCAGCCUACGGUUUGGACGGUGACAACGUGCGAACCGGUCUGAACUCGAACCUGGGCUUCACCCGGGAGGACCGCAAAGAAAACAUCCGUCGUGUGGCAGAGGUGGCCAAGCUCUUCGCCGACAGUGGCCAGAUAGUCCUUUGCAGCUUCGUCUCCCCUUACGAGGAGGACCGCCAGACAGCCCGGAGAAUCCACAAGGACUUCGACCUCCCCUUCUUCGAGGUCUUCGUCGACACACCUCUGGACGUCUGCGAGGCACGGGACACAAAGGGCCUCUACAAGAAGGCACGUCAGGGCGCAAUCAAAGGGUUCACUGGUAUAGAUCAGCUCUACGAGCGUCCCCUGCACUCUGAUCUCGUCGUCACCACUGAGAACUGCACCCUAGAGGAGUCAGCGACGAUGGUUAUAGAUCUCCUUGAGAGGAAACACAUAAUUCCUGUCGCUCCCAAGGCUGAUUCCCUCAUUAAGGAGCUCUUCGUCCCAGACGCGAGGAUUGUCACUGCUAAAGCAGAGGCGGAAACACUUUCCUCCGUUGACAUCACCGAAAUUGACGUCCAGUGGCUGCAAAUACUUGCGGAGGGCUGGGCUACCCCGUUGACGGGAUUCAUGAGGGAAGAUCAAUACCUUCAGACUCAACAUCUGAGAUGCUUGAUAGCCGAUGGAAAUGAGAUAAACCAAUCCGUCCCCAUAGUCCUAGCAGUGACGACUGUCGACAAGAACAGACUGGAGGGGCACUCGGCAGUAGCACUGAGAUACAAGAAAGAUCUCCUGGCAAUCCUGCGGAGACCGGAGUUUUUCGCUCACAGGAAGGAGGAGAGAUGCUGCAGGCAGUUUGGUACGAACGACAUGAGACAUCCUUAUGUGAAGAUGAUCCACGACUCCGGGGAUUGGUUGAUGGGUGGGGAUGUCGAAGUGCUGGAGAGAAUCAAAUGGAAGGACGGCUUGGACGACUACAGGCUGACACCCAACGAGAUCAGGGAGAGGUGCAGAGCCAUGAAGGCUGAUGCUGUCUUCGCUUUUCAACUGAGGAAUCCCAUUCACAACGGGCAUGCAUUACUCAUGCAGGACACGAGACAACGUUUGUUGGGAGAAAGAGGAUUCAAAAAUCCAGUUCUAUUGUUGCACCCGCUGGGAGGGUGGACGAAGGACGACGACGUACCUCUGCCAACGCGAAUGAACCAACAUAAAGCAGUUCUCGAAGAGGGAAUUUUAGAUAAAAAUUCUACACUUCUAGCUAUAUUUCCUAGCCCAAUGAUGUAUGCUGGACCAGUCGAGGUUCAGUGGCACGCGAAAGCGAGGAUGAACGCAGGUGCUAAUUUCUACAUUGUGGGGAGAGAUCCUGCCGGUAUUCCUCAUCCCAAUAAGGACUCAACUCCCGAUGGAAAUCUCUACGACCCAACGCAUGGGGCUAGGGUACUGUCAAUGGCCCGGGGACUCCAGAAUCUUGAGAUAAUUCCCUUCAAAGUUGCGGCUUAUGAUACGAAAAAUAAGAAAAUGGACUUUUUCGAUCCAGAGAGGAAACAGGAUUUUGAUUUCAUCUCUGGGACGAGAAUGAGAGCACUAGCCAGAGCCGGCCAAGCACCACCGGAUGGUUUCAUGGCACCCGGAGCAUGGCAAGUCCUCGUGAACUAUUACCAAGGUGGAAACCAAAACGAAUGAAGCAUAAUCCCUUAAAUUUUUACCGCAAUCCGACAAAUAAAUAUAAUGAAUUCCAAAGUGAAGUGGUGAAACAAAAACACAUCACACAUUAUUGAUGAUCAAAUUAUAUUGAUAUCGAAUGAUUCUAGGGGAAAAUGUCCAAUACAUAUUUCGUGGAAAAUCUCAUCACCGGCAAAAAAUAUUUUAUCGCACUUUCUCGUCGGAGGAGCGUUUCACGAAACAAUUUUUUAUGUUUCAUCGCUUCACAGCCUAAUCAUCAAUUGCAAAGCAUUUUAAUUGAUUUAACAUUCCAAAACUGUACAUACCGACCACUUGGCAAUAUUCUCCAGAAUCUUGUACCUCAUACUGUGGUACAAUGCAAUAUCAAAUAUUAUUUUUAAAAAGAGGGAUUUAUAUAUUUUAUAGAGUUUGAUAUAUGAUCGAAAAAAUUAUUUUCUCUUGAAAUUGUAAUUGAAAAAUCAUGUGGCGUUAAAUAUUUAUUACACCGACAUGUGCCCGGAGUGAAUAAUUACCUGAGAGAAGAAUAAGUAGAUUGAA